AUUAUGUUUUUCCGAAGGUGCCACUGCAGGACCAGGUGUAUAUGAACGUGGUGAAUAUCUUUACGCGAGUGUUGUUGGUGUUGUUCAAGAAUUAGCACCAACAACUGAAGGAGAGCCACGAAUUGUAACUGUAACAAGAGAGAAAGUUCAUUCAGCAGUUCCGGAUGUUGGUAGUAUUAUAACCGGUAAAGUCAUUCGCAUGACAACUAAAGAAGCAGUUGUUUCUAUAAUGGUUGUCGGUACCAUGCCAUGCAAAGAUGAUUUUCAGGGUAUUAUCCGUUCGCAGGAUGUUCGCGCUACGGAAAAGGACAAAGUCAAAAUUUACAAUUGUUUUAGGCUUGGAGAUAUAAUUAGGGCUGAAGUCAUAUCUUUAGGUGAUGCACGAUCCUAUUAUUUGUCCACUGCAAAAAAUGAACUUGGCGUUAUUUAUGCGCAGAGUGUUGCAGGUGCCGUCAUGAUUCCUAUAUCUUGGCAGGAAAUGCAAUGUACCAAAACCAAAGCGAUUGAGCAUCGAAAAUGCGCGAAGCCUGACAUUCCCUUACCUGAAAAUUAA